GAUUUUGUGGUGUUUAUGCUUAUUUUUUUCUCAUUUUUUGGUUUUCGUCUCAUUUUCCUGUAUCAAAAAUGCCAAAACACUGAUUAUGAAGAUGGUAAAAAUACAAAAUUAUGGAAUCUGAAGAGCAGAAUCAGGAGACCAUUAAAACAGUCAUCAAUGUUGAAGAUUUGAAUAUCGAAAUUUUACCGAUCAUCUAUGAAAUAAUUAAAAGUAUCGAAAAAGACAAUCACCACGAUAACACCGCCAAAACCAGGGAUUCCCAAGACUGUUCUCUAAAAGUUUUGGAAUUGCAAAAAAGAUUGGAUCAAGCCAGGGCAGAGAUUCGUAUGCUACCUGGUAUUGAAUAUAGCAAAGAGCAGCAGCUGAAUCAUCUGGACGCCUUGAAAACCCAGCUGCAAUUGAAACAAGCCCUCUUACAAAAAUACCGUUAUAUGUAUCCUUUUGACAGUCAUAAACCUUAGAAGCAUGGUAUUUCGUCUACUCAUCAGAAUAUUGGCAAAUAAUGAGCACCUGGUACAGAAAUUGAGUGAAUCAUAUCCUAUGCGAAAAGCAGCUCAAUUAGUAGUGAGGGUUAUGUUUUCUGGAAAAAAUUUCAUUGAAGAGAGAAGGUUGCAUGAGAAGUUGUCUCCAGAACAGUUCAGAUCUCUGAUGAAUGAAGUAGCAUCAAAUUUUCAGAGCCAAUUGAAACAAGCACAGGAGACUUUCAAGAGGAAAAUGAAGUAGUUCUUGGUAUCUGGAAAAUAUAAUUAUAAUAUGAGUUCUGUAAUUUUUAUUGGAUCUCCUGGGCACAAGGGGAACACUGUUAGCCUGAUAGAUUUAUUUAUAGUUUCUCCUGUAGACAUAAUUCACAGAAUACUCAGAUCAUUUGUGCCACCUGUAAAAAGGUUUCAGAGAGUUUACAUUGAUCUUCUGGGGCCUACACUAGGAUUGUUGAUUUUAUUGUGUGUUGUUGUAUAUACAAAUUCAAUGAAACUUGUCAGUGGGGCCACAACUCCAACUGAGUUUCUCAUUGCCUAUUCAAUUUUCAUGCCUCUGAUUUGUUUUUCCAUGGGUAAACUGAGCAGGUCCACUAUAACUUUCUAUGAAAUACUUUCCCUCUUAGGUUAUAGUUGUUAUGGCCAUAUUCUCACAUUGCUCUUAUCUUAUGUGUUUGAUAAUGAAGAUAAUUUGAUUUUCUUUGUAUUAUUGACCUUUGUUGGAGGCCUCAGUACUUUACGGUUGGCUCUGACUUUUUUGGGGACCAUAACUAUCCCAGCAGCAAGACUACUUGUAUGUACAACUAUUUCAAUUUUGAACAUACUGUCUUUGAUACAUUUGUAUUUUGCUUAUGUGCACAAGAGUUUUUUGUAUAAAGGAAGUGGUGGUUAGAUUCAACUUGAUAUUCUCAAAUGGGUUUCAAUUUUGAAUAGGACUGCAGAAAUUAGAUAGCUCAUUUCAUACUUCAUAUGUACUUAUCAUCAUGAUUAUUUUCAUGGAACUCUUUUUCCCUGUUUAAACCCAAUUUUUCAGCGAUUUCUUCGUUUUUUUGCAAUCUGAAAGUUUUCCAAGAUUGAAAAAAAUGUAAUUCCAGUUGACUUUGAUAAGGUUUAUUAACAAAUAAGAUUUUUUUGUCAGAUUCUGAAAUUGAACAAACAGAAGUGGUUUUAUCAGUUAUUUAAUGAUCAAUUGAGCUCUUUCUACCUUGAACAAGAGAGGGGGAAGUUCUCUCCUCUUCCAUCUUUCUCUUCAAUGCUGACGUUUCAAUUCCAUUUAUUCAAUAAAAACAUAUUUACAAUUUACAAUACAUGGUGUAUAAACAAAAAUCUUCCAAAGGGGACAUUGGACAUGAUAAAAAUGUAAAACAUACAAUGUUGAAUGAACACUUAGAUACGCCAUGUGAAUACACCACAGAAUUUCCCUCCAAGGGAGCCCUCAGAGGCGGCCGAUGCAGGCCUCUCGAUGAUUUUUGUUUAACAACCCUGAUGACAGUAAUGAGGGAGCUGACUCCUAGGAGUCCUAGGAGUAUACCUUUAAUCCAGCUCAUGUCAGUGAGUUGCCCAGGGCAGAAAAAAGAUUGAUCGUCGGUUGCUACCUUGUUCUCUCUAAUUUAGCAUUUUGGUGUUGGAAAAUAGC